GUCUGACAGGUUGUUUUGUAAUUGAAGUAAAGUCAGUUUAUAUGGCAAUUGAGAUAUCAAGUUUAAUUUUGAUCACAUAACAGUUUAACAUACACCUCACAUUUUCUGUAUUAAAAGUAUGUACUAAUGCAACCGUUGAUAAAUAAUAGCUCAUUAGCAUCCUAGAUUAAAAUUUACAUAAUACAGGAGGACAUUUUCUAUGUAAAUAGUGUGUACCAUUCCGUGUGCUUUUGUUUCUUUUGUGUUGGAGGUUAGGAGAAGAAAAUCUGUGAACAUCUUCAGCAUGGCGCAUUGGUGAUCACGCGGUGGACUUGUCUCCGUGAUGAUCUUCUAUCUUCCAAAGAAGUCGGUGUAACACGUGCCAGCUACAUCUAGUGAGCCACGAUGGAGGGACAGUGCCGAGUCUGCGGCCAGACACACGCUAAUGUAGAACCCCACUUGUACGACUACGCUCAGGAGGUGGACGAGGACCUCAUGUGCCAGAUCUGCCUGCAGCCCUUCGUCAGCCCUAUCGACCUUCUCUGCGGCCACACUUUCUGCCAACCCUGUCUCCUCAAACACCUUCAAGUGCAAAAAUUGUGCCCCAUCGAUCGUCAACCUACCGAUCUCAAACACACGUCUCCUUCCAGUCUCGUCCUGAAAAAAUUAAUCGAUAAACUUCUGGUGAAGUGUCCGCCGGGUGUGGAUUGCGGUCAGACCGUGCAGCGGGGAGAUCUAGAGGACCACUUGAAGUUCAGAUGUCCAGUGCUCAAGUCUCCGCUCCGCGCGUCCUCAAGCCCCCCGUCGGUCGCUUCACUUUCGCUGUCCCAAAAUCUGCCGCCUAAAAUUGGUAUCACGCGCCUUCCAGUGCUCGAAGGAGAAGUGAGUCACAUCGAGAUACCCCGCCUGUCACCUACCCUCGGAAUCACCGUCGUAGGGGGGUCUGACACUGCUCUGCGUUGUAUCGUGGUCCAGGAGGUGUUCCCGGACGGUCUGGUCGCGCAGGAUGGCCGCCUCAAGCCCGGGGAUCAGCUGGUGGAGAUCAACGGAGUUGACAUGAGCAGUGCUUCCCAUCAUCAAGCUUGCCAAGCUCUGAGAAAACUGAAGUCUCAAGUCCUUCGUCUAGGUGUAUACCGUGAGAGGAUUGCCCCGUACAACGGACAAAAUGAUGCCCAAUACGAGACCGUGAGUGUGACCAUCGAGAGAGAGUCCCACCAGGCCCUAGGUAUCCGCCUGAGUGGCUCGUGGAUGGAGUCCGGUAUAUACGUCACGGAAGUGGUACCGGACAGUCCUGCAGCCCACACCGCCUUGCUGUGUCCAUAUGACCGUAUUCUCUACGUCAAUGAUGAGGACGUCACCAACUGCCAGCUGCAGCAGGUCUCCUCACUGCUCCAGAGUAACGAGAAGGUGACGUUGGUGGUGUCUCGCAAACGCAGCACUCUACCGGUUUCCCACAGUCGGACCAAGUCGGCACCGACAUCUCACGACUCUCACUUCUCGCCACCCCUCUCUUCCAGCGCCACGUUAAGCCAAAAAUCCGUAUCGUGCGACUCGCUCACGCCCCCUAUGCCGCCUCACCACGCAGCUACCAUCAACUUGAACCGUGAUUUCACGUCCCAAGAGCUCCAACACAAGUUCAUUACUAUUGUCAAGGAACCGAACGAGAGUCUCGGUAUGCGUAUCGGAGGUGGGUUAGGGAGCAACGAAGGCGAUAUACCCAUCUACAUUGCUAAUAUCCAUCCUCAGGGCUGUGUUGGCAAGACACAACAAAUUUGGAAGGGAGAUAUCCUGAUAGGCGUGAACGGUAACAGCCUGGUGGGUCUGACUCACGGUCAGGCGGUGGCUACUCUCAAAGCCACUGUGGAGACGGCCAAGGUGGAGAUGACGGUGGUGGAGGGGCCAGAGACCUCGUUGGGAGCUUUUAACUUCAUCCCGUCCUGGCUCUACUGGCAAAAGCUACCAAGGUGCCUUCAAUUUCCCAAGACAGUAGUGCUGUUCCGGACCCCGGGAGCCAGUUUGGGGUUUAGCAUCGUAGGGGGUGAAGACCCCACUCGAGGGGCUCAGCACAUUCACAUUUUGUUCGUUGUCCAGGACUCCCCAGCUGCCAAGGAUGGUAAACUAAAAUGCGGUGAUCGGCUGCUCUCUGUGGACGGACAGUCACUAGAGAAGGUGGAACACUCUAAGGCUGUUUCCAUGUUGAAACAGACUGGCACUAAGGUCGUGCUUGAAAUAGUUUCAUGGUUGGGCACUGAAAUAUAAAAAUCCAAUAACGGCUGUAAUUUUUAAUCAAAUUUUACUUCACUAUUUUUUUAAGAGAAUAUUUUCCUACUUAGUAUACCGAUUUUGAUACAAUGAUAGGUCAUUUAGGCCGGUACGAUAUAAUGUAAUGCAGCCAUGUAAUCAUAUUGUUAGAUUAACUUGAUAAAAAAAAUUAACUUCAGUUACUUAAUAAUUUUUUAUAAAACGAUUAAGAUUAUUUUACUUUGUAAGAUUUCGAUGAUUUACAGAGAAAAUGUUGUUUUACUAGAUCUUACAUAUACUUCUUCUUCUCAGUGAUGUAAUUAAGACUGAACCUCAUACAAAUGUGUUAUUAUAACUCAUAAUACCAUAUGCGUGUUAGUAAGUAUAAUUUGGAGAGUGUCUGUUGUUAAGUAACAGUAUUUCUGGUGAGAUAUGAAUAAGGAUCUGAAAUUGUAAAGUGUCUAUUCAAGAUUGUGAUUACAGGAUUAAUAGUGUCAAUUUGAACAGUAUAAACGAAUCUUUAACCCGAGCCUGUCCCUCGACCUGCAGUGGUAAGGCAUUGUUAUCCCGACUUCUGUUUCGCAAAUUCUUUUUGCUUUGUAGAGAAGAUUUCUGUCAGUAUUAUGUAAAAGCUUGUGAUACUAAACUACUUCUGUUGUUGACUAAUAACCGUAGUGAUAAUCUGUUAACGGCUAGUGAGGGAGUCUACUUUUACUAUUGACUUUAGUGAGUAAUUGAUUUGCAUUUACUGUCAGAUUCCAUUGUGGUACGGAACAUGAAUCAAUAAACUUGUCUUGUUUUGCUACA